UAGUUCUCAAUUUUUUAAUAUAAUCUCCUUUCAUUGGGAAAAAAAUGGCGUCUUGCACUUUUGAUGCGCUAAAGUUAACACAAUAAAUCAAAAGUUUAAUUACCUGCCCGAAUAAACAACUAGCGCGAUUUCCUCGUCGCCAGCGGCGUCACAUGAUCAACCAAGCCACUACACCUAACCUGUUGACUUCUAGAGCUAGUUAAUCAGUCACGCGAAGCAAGAUCCGGCGGCAUGGGCUCCGGCGAACGCGCAGGGGAGAUGGAGAUCUCCAGGGUGGACCUCCGCGGGGUGGAGCCCGGCGGGCCGGGGUGGGAGGACGCUCGCGCCGCAGUGACCGCGUCCAUGGCGGCGCACGGCUGCGUCGUCGUCGCGCACGACGCGCUCGGCCCGGACCUCCGGCGCGCGCUGUUCGGCCGCGCCCUGCCGGAGCUCUUCGCGCUCCCGCUGGAGACCAAGCAGCGGAACGUCUCCGCCGUGGGGAAGUACAGGGGAUACAUGGGGCAAAUCCCGGGCAUGGCGUGGGAGAGCGUCCGCGUCGCGGAGGCCAGCGACGCCGGCAGCGUCCGCGAGUUCGCCGACCUCCUCUGGCCGCAGGGCAACCCGGAGUUCUGUGAGACAAUCGUGUCGUUCGCCAAGAACAUGCUGAAGCUGGAGCAGAUGGUGGAGACGAUGACACUGGAGGGCCUCGGCGUCCGGGGAGAGAGCAUCAACGCCCACCUCGGCUUGCUCACCCAAGGCUUCCGGCUGUCGCACUACGGCGCGCCGCUGGACAAGGUGACCAGCGUGUCCAUGCAGCCGCACCGCGACGACAGCAUGACCACCGCUAUCGUGCAGCACGAGGUGGAAGGUCUCGAGGUGCACGUCGGGGACGGGCGCUGGCUCGCCGUCCCUCCCGAGCCGGAAACGUUCACCUUCGUCGCCGGCGAGCAGUUCACGGUCGUCACGAACGGGCGGGUGCCGGCGUGCCUCCACCGCGUGAGGACGCCGAGCAACCGCGAGCGGUUCGCGGUGCUGUUCGGCCGCCGGCGCAAGGACGGCGUCGCUGUGCGCGCGUUGGACGACCUCGUCGACGCGGAGCACCCCCUGAUGUUCAACCCAUUGAAGCACGAGGAGUACUCCAAGUUUCGUUACACGGAGGAAGCGAGCAAAUUCGAUGAUCCAUUAAAGGCUUACUGCGGAGUGGAGAAGGACGGAACCAUGGAGUGAUCACGCAGCUCGCAUGCCAGCUUAAUUAUUGUUCCAUGCUGAUUCGCUAUUGUUAUCUACUAAGUGAUGUUCUGGGUUGCAUGUAGCCGAAUCAUCAGUGUCUUUUACAUAUUGAAAUUAACACUUAAAAAUAAUACAUAUAGAUUUGUCUUGAAAAUUAUAUUCAUGAUGUCACGACGUAUAGAUUUGUCUUGAAAAUUAUAUUCAUGAUCUCACAAUUUAGCUAUACAUUGAGAUAAUUUAUUAUAGAAAUUAGUGAUUCCAAGCUAUACUUUGAAAAAUAUGUCAACACCCAAAGUCCCAAAUCGACUCUUUUUUUUUUAACCAAGGGAUUAGCUCAAAUAGCUUCGCUUAGAUCUUUUCAUACAGAAGUGAAGAACAGAUCAAUUGAUUAUAUUGUUUUAUGAAACCUCCCUUAUUUCA